AUGAGUCCAGGUACAACAACAACAAGAUCAAAUCAUCAAUAUAAGCCUGACUCGGCUAUUAAAAAGGCUGCCCUUUUCUUCGCGGGACUGUCACUGCUACUCACCAUGAGGGUUGGAUUGAAUGGUGCUGCCUUUUGCUUAAAAAGAUUCCAGCUGGACGAAAAACUAUUUGGCAUCUAUGUGAGCAGGAUAUAUUCUGCUAUGGAACUGUUCUGCCUCAUGUCAGUCACCAUUGGUACCAUCUAUGUGCAAACUUAUGAAAAAUACUUUGAAAAUAUUUCCAUUGGAGUGAGCAUAGCCUUCUCAUUCAUUAACAUCAUUUUACUGUUGGUGUUCAUUUCAGGAGGCAAGGAUGGCCGUUUAACCGGUUUUUACUGGACCUUAAUUGCUUCCGCUGUAAUUUACGGUCAGAAACAAGUGUUCAUUUUCCAGUUGGCAGGAGAAAGCCUUGUAUAUUAUCUAGCAGCUAUACCGCUUUCAGGGAUUAUGGUAUCAACGUUCCAAGUGUUAACCUUAAAACUAUUUGGAGAUCGCAGACGCUUUAAUACAGAUCUACUUGUCGUUGGAUUCCAAAUUUGCCUAUCGGUAGUCAUAACAUCAAUCGCAGCCAUAUUAUGGGCUCAGGUAUUUGUAAAAGGUGAAAAUAGUUUAGUAAAUCAAAAAAACAAUAGAGAAGCUAAGAAAAAACAAAAGGAUAUCGAAAAUGGAAGUGUAGCCUCAAACGGUCAAACAUACGGUAAUGCCCACAAUCAAGUUGGUAUUUUGAAAGACCUUCCCGUGAUAUCACCCAUGAUUAUGAGUAUUAUUGGCCUUGGAACCACCUUUGCCUUCUAUCCCAGCAUUGCGCCAGGCAAACUUGUUGACUUCAAGUACAUUAACAACAUCGAUGUUAUCAUAAUGAUACUAUCGUCGUUCCCAGCUGCACUUGUGGCAAUAGUCUCGGAAGUUACAGACUAUGGUGCGAAUAAAGAAUGGACUUCAACAAAUGGGUUUUGGCACGCCUUUUUGUUUUUCCCGUUUGUUCAAGUUGUUUGUGAAAUUUUGUUCAUAAAAGUUCUCCAUUUCCCCAAAAGUGAGACUGCAAAGAUGUUCAAAAAUCCCAGAGUAGCCGCAUUCUUCUCUGUGCUUUUCUUUUUGUGCCACGCCACCUCAGUCGGUGUAGGCAUGGCAGGUGUGUUCCCAAACUCGGGUCCAAAAACUACAACACUGAACCUGUUCUUGACCAUGUGCACCAUGAACAUACUAAACUUCCUCAGCGGAGGGUACAUGUUGGAGUAUAACAAGUACGACAGGGCACACUGGCCCACAAGGGCCAUGGGCAACUGCGCGGCGUUCAGAUUUUGGCUCAAAAAGGGCGCAAUCAACGGACUUGUGAACGUCAAAGCGGUGUUCACGAGGAACUUGAGACGCGACAUUCUGGCUGCCGUUGCCACCUAA